AGUGCAAGCCUUAUUAUAAGAGUAGGAAGAGAUGAAAAAUGUCUUCCAGUGGCACUCUCAGUAACUGUUAUGUGGACGCGUUAAUGCAGCAGGAGCCGGAGGAUGUGUACGGUGCCCGCUUUCUUCAGCCUCCACACAUGGUGACCCCGAGGCCGUCAGGUGCCGGGGACAACGCAGACUUCUCCUCCUGCAAUUUUGCACCAAAAUCGGCCGUUUUCUCCUCCUCUUGGUCCUCGGUUCACCCACAGGGGAUUUAUCAUCCGUAUGUGCACCACCACCACCACCAGUCCCACCUCCCCGCCUCGGACGGCAGAUAUGUUGGCGUCCGCUCCUGGAUGGACCCUAUCUCCAACCACGUUUCUUUUUCCGGAUUUCACUCCAGCAGUCGCUCGUACGGGACAAAACCAAACAUCUUACCACCGAAAUCGACCGAGUGUGACUCUUUGGAGGCAGAAUCUCGUCCGCAGAGUGGCGAAUUCACGCACGGAGGAGCAUCGGAGUGUCCAGAAAAGUCGAGCAAAGAGCACAGUGGAAGUGAGCUUUCGAGCCACAGCGAGUCCAAAGAAGAGAAACAACAACAACUUGACCCAAACAACCCUGCAGCAAACUGGAUCCAUGCGCGCUCCACGAGAAAGAAGCGCUGCCCGUACACCAAAUAUCAGACUUUAGAGCUGGAGAAGGAGUUCCUCUACAACAUGUAUCUGACCAGAGACCGACGCUACGAAGUGGCCCGCAUUCUCAGUUUAACCGAGAGACAAGUGAAGAUCUGGUUCCAGAACAGGAGGAUGAAGAUGAAGAAGAUGAACAGAGAGAGAGGCAGCAAGGAUCACUUGUGAAAUCUCUCCUGCGUUUGAAGCCAUCUGGACAAUUACAUUCUUUUUGGUAGGAACCACGGUAGUCAUUUUUUAUUUUAUUUGACACUCCACAAUUUUGCGUGUCAGAGUCAUUACUUGUUGACUAAAUACACACAGUCUGCCAACAAACCAUCUGAAUCUGUUUUCUAACUUUACAGAACCACACCCCGGGAUGUUCAAGCGGUUUGUCAUUCUUUUUUAAACAUUACGCAUAGUAGGAAACGUGUC